GCGAUCAUUUCCUGUGCUUGCCCUGUUGGCUUGCCCCGUUGCCCUGCAAGAGUGUGCGUGAGACUCAGAGCAUUUUUUCUAGCCGAAGCCGGGCCCCAAUCGUUCAUGCAAAGUGAUUAGGAAAGGGACCGAAAGGCCAAUCUUGGGAGUUGUGAGAAAGGGAGGCAAAUAUCCAACUAAACGAGGCACCAAGGACACUUUGUGAUCGAAAACGGAAUAUUUUGACAAGGAACUUGUCCUGUGAAUUUGUGGCUCAAGUUGAAAUACCCAUCUGGGAACGGAGUCACGCAGCAAAUACUAUUUGAACUUCUGAUCAACUGAAGCAGGCCGUCAUGGACCCUUGUGGUCUCUUCAUGAGUGGCAUCCAUGUGUCCACCAAGACUAUUGAGGCCAUGUUUGGCAUUGCAGUGGUCGUGGUGAUGUGCCUUGAACUCUUCAGGCGCCCACUUGAUAGCUGGCACGGAGAAUUUCUUCAGUCAGCUGGUAAGUACAAGAAACUAUUGCGCGAAUGCGCCCCAGAGGCAGCUGGCGCUCUAUGCUGUGUUGUUUUGGUUGCCAUGCUGCGAUUUCGCGGCGAUACAAUUAGUGGAACGCUCGACGCGCAUUCCCUAGAGGCUUGGGAAAGCAUCAAGGCGCAGUGGCCAGUGCUCAUGACUGCGGAUACCUUGCUGGCUAUCCAGGCCAUGUUGAGAUUAGUAGUCGUGCUUUCAGCAGUUCUUCGUUCAGGCGCGCGAAUCAAUUCUCCUUUGCUGGAGGAAUGCUCCGCGAAGAAGAAGAUGGACAUCAUCAGCGGCCAGUCACGAAGAUGCAGGCGAGGGUCCUUCGGGGCCUGUUGGAGGACGCUGUGGUUUGGUGGCGCCGUAGCACGUUGCUUUGUGCUGAAGCAGAGCCAGGCAUAUUGGUUGGAGGGGCCCGUAGGUGGCUUGCUUCCAGCAGCCCUUGACGCAUCACUUGUGCCAUUACUUUUUCUUCUUGGUCAUAGUGCCAUGCGUCGAUCUGGGACCGCAAUUCUUUUGGUCUCUGGUUUGGUUGCUGUCUUCUCGCACCGCAACAAUCUCAAUCUAGCAGAGGAGACUGAAGCAAACAUCCUUUUCACUGCCGUGCAUUGCUUCGAGUUCCUCUCUGCUUUGCUUUAUGCGGGGCGCACUAUGCUGCUGGGUGGCGACGGCCAGCCUUCUGUGACCUUUAUGCAUUUGGUCAUGGUCAUUCAACAGAGCUUGGCCACAUACUUUUGGUUGCAGGCCUUCGACGCAGAUAUGAACGUGAAUGGAUCAGGGCUUGGAAUAUGCGCCAUUCAGAUCAGCUGCCUUGGGCAGCUUUGUGCGUAUCUUGCUGCAGCAAGCUUGCACGCAGCCACGUUGGCUUUGCAGGAUGUACCAGUUCACACAAGCGUCUGAGAGAUGUUGUGUGUUUGUUUCGAGCACUAUUUUAUACCUUCAUCAAAUUUUCCAUUUUCCCACUGUCAUACAAUGCCAACAGUGCAGUCUCUCAGUCUUUCAUUUCAUUGACCUUAUAUGGAUGCCUUUAGGUUUUAGUGACUGUCCCGAAUAUUUGGGGUGCCACGGCG